AUUCCAAAAGCCUUUUCCCAAAGUAUCCAAAAGGCCCAAAGGAAUACAUCUUGUGUGGUACCAAUAGCUCGUGAAAAAAACGCUGUUUAAUGUUCGAUUCCCACUCACAUGUAACUUUCCAAUAUACUUCCGAGCAUUCGCACCACAAUAUUCCCCUAGGGUUUUUAUUCCCAUCUAAAUAAAUAAAAAUAAAAAUAAAAAUUGUAAUUGUAAUUUUUGGUAGAGAAGGCAGUGGAAAAAGUUGCAAACCCUUCGAUUUUCCACCUUCGACUUCGGCUUUCCUUCUUUCAAUUUCAGCUAUGGGAAGAGGAAAGUUCAAAGGAAAACCUACUGGCCGCCGCCAGUUCUCCACCCCCGAGGAGAUGAUUGCUGGUUCUUCUGCUCGCCGUCCUCGGACGUUUAAGCAGGAAGAGGCUGAAAUUGAGGAGGAUGAGAGAUCUGAGGAGUCUGAAGAGGAAUCUGAAGACGAUUCCAAUGGAGAGAAGCGGAAAGGUACCCAGGGUAUCAUUGAGAUUGAGAACCCCAAUUUGGUUAAGCCAAAGAACGUGAAAGCUAAAAAUGUCGAUAUUGAGAAAACAACUGAGCUUUCAAGACGUGAAAGGGAAGAGAUAGAGAAACAGCAAGCUCAUGAGAGGUACAUGAGGCUGCAAGAACAAGGAAAAACAGAGCAAGCUAGGAAAGAUUUAGAGCGAUUGGCCCUCAUACGACAACAAAGAGCAGAUGCUGCGAAAAAGCGAGAGGAGGAGAAAGCUGCCAAAGAACAGAAGAAAUCGGAAGCUCGCAAGUAACAUAUGGCUCCAUGAAUGAUGUUAUUAAUCAAUGAUUCCCCAAGUACAAGAUCUAUCCCUACCAAAAUUGGCUAAUGCUGGAGUUUAUGCUUCACCGUUCAUUUAUGUUAUUGUCUAGUUUUAUAAGCAGACAUCGUAUAGAUGAAAUCAUGAAAUUAUACUGCUUUGAUUCUGUAUACACAAUAGUUCUAUCUGGCCUUAACAUGGACAAUCAUGGGAAGGAUUUUACUCUUUUCUUUUUGGUUGGUUGAAGUCUCGAGCCUAAUUAUAUGACUAUUCUACAGUUUUAUGUUU